UCCGCUCCGCUUCGGUUCAUUGACUUGUGAAGGAAUCUCAGCUGGUGGUGUUGAGCUUCUUAACUGUUGUUGGAGCUGCACUCACCAGGCAAUCAGAGAGUACUCUAUUAGAAGCUUGACUUGCACCUCGUGGAUUGUGGACAGGCUUUGGAGUGUCAAGAUAAGUUAUUUGCCACAUAAUUGCUGCCCUCUGACCUGAUCAUAUCACCAGAAUGUUUAUAUGAUGGUCCCCAUAAAUUUCUGAUCAAUAGUAAUACUCUGUGUUGAUUUGUAAGAUAAAGGAAGUAACUAAGUUCGUGAAAUUAUGAUAUUGAUUAAUUUCAAACUUAAUUAAUAAAAAUAAAACACAAUAGACAGCAUUUGAAAAUGUACCAGGAAGCAAAUGAGAAAAUACUGUAUAGGAGCACAGAACUCAUCAGGAUCUUGAAGGCCUGUUGAAAGAUAGCCGAACUCUUAUAAUACAAACCAGACAGACUACCAGUGAACCACAAGUAUUCAUAAAAAGACAAUUAUAGAGAAAAGCUUCCUGGCUAAAUAGCGCUCACAAUUUCUCAUUUUCUGCAUUUGUAAUAAUGGUUUUCGAUCUUCAAUCUCUAGCAGAAUCACUGGUUAGUCAUACCGACAUAUCCCUGAGAUGGCUAUACUUCUAGGAACAUAUAUAUUGUCCAGGAGAUGCAGUAUUUGCUCUAUAUUACUCAAACAUUAGUCUUCCAGGUGAUUUUCUAUUAGCUUGUCUGUAGACACAGGAAACAUAUUGAUAGUUUCUGUGUCUCAGCUAUCCGGCUAACUCAAUAUGGACCCCUGCCCAGUUAAGCUCUGGUAUGGUCUCGCACAGCCCAUAGAUCAUAGUGCAACUCCCUUGCAGUCCUUGUAGUUAAUGCUUCAAGCUGAUGAUAUCGUAAAGAUAUUGCAAGUGAAUGUAUAUCAUUUAUCUAUAAUUAUAUUUUGAUAAUUUGGAACAACACAAAAUUAAUGGUGGAGGAAUUGGACAAUUUCAAGUAUUGUAGACUGGAAUGAUAAUUCCGGCACAGGUUCCUAUCUCAGCUAUUCCUAACUUACUCUCUCUCUUGUCUCUGAUUCUAAUUUAUAAUGGAAAAUACACCUUGUGAAUCAUUAGUCCCAACAUUUGAAGAUACUAAUAAAAUGCAACAGUAAAGUCAACAAUUUUGAUGUGGUUUGUUCUGUCUCUCAGGUGCUGACUUUCAACAACUGAACAGAUCCUGGCCUUGAUACUGGGUUAUAUUUUGGGCACGGAGAUGGAUUUCCUUAUUCUGUUUCUCAUUUACUUGGCUGUUUGCCUCUUCUGCAUGGUGGUUGCCAUCAAAUUCUCGAGGCAAAGUCAGGAAUGUUUCACAAGGAUCUCGCACUACAUCACUCGGGUGUUUGGACCAGUGAUUCCUCAAUGGUUACAGUUAGCAGUACAGCUUACUUUACAUAGGUUCGUCCACCAGAGAAACUCCUUUUUCCUGGUUUUGCACCUUCUUUUAGAAGUAGCUGUGUAUGGAGAGUAUUCAUGGGAAGUGUUUCCUUACUGCAUGGAACUGGGAUUCGGACAUAGUAUCCUGCUGCUUCCUUACAUCCUGGUGCUUGGGAAGAUGUACUUUUUCUAUCUAUGCUGCACCAGAGACCCCGGUACGAUUUCUCCUUCAAACCACAAGCAACUGCUGAAAGUGUACACCUAUGAUGGAAUUUUGUAUCAUCAGUCCCACAUCUGCCCUACGUGUGAACUUACAAAGCCUGCACGAUCAAAGCACUGCCGUGUGUGUAACCGGUGUGUCCAUCGAUUUGACCACCAUUGUGUCUGGGUGAAUAACUGCAUUGGGGCAUUAAAUAUACGCUACUUCCUGUUGUACCUGGUGACACUGUCUGGGAUGGCAGCCGCAGUGGGAACAGUGACUGUAAGGUUCCUUGUCCAGGUGGCUCUGAUGUCCAACUUACAUCAGGCAAUGUAUGUGAAUGCUGAUGGCGAACAUGUGCCUGUUGGCAACCUAUAUAUAGUCCAGAGACUGUUCCUGACCUUUCCUCGGAUCCUUUUCAUGCUGGGCUUCACACUCCUCAUCUUCUUUCUGCUGGCAGGUUAUACUGCAUUUCACUUCUAUUUGCUGAUAACCAAUCAGACUUCAAAUGAGUGGUACAAACAUAAGAACAGUUGCCUAUGCCACAUGGACAACAGCCAGCCAAGCAAAUACUUACGGGGAAACAUCUAUCAUAGAGGGUUUGUCAGAAAUGUGAAAGAAAUCAUAAGCCCUGAGACACAGCAGAAAAAAGUCAGAUGACAGGGACAGAAAGUGACUUUUUGUUCACUUUCAGAGAAAGGUCUUCUGUUCAAUUGUUAAAUGGUUUGUAAAUUUUUUAAAUUGAUGCUUUAUACCACCUAUUUUUUUACUGUCUAGUUAACAAAUUAAAAUUGAAAAUGGGUUCAUUACUCCUUGGUCUCAUUGCUCCAUUCCAUUGGGCAGGUUGUACAAAAGACAUCAUCUUUGGCUCUUGUGCAGGUUCAGGCACUUUUUCGACAAUACCAUGACUGCGUCCAACUUGUGUUCAAUUCUGCUGAGCUGUAAGGACUUAGGAAAACCGAAUUUGCUGCAAAAAGGUGAAAGAAUCAGUUUUAUUUUUGACAAGAGUUCAGCACUGCUACAGUGGACCUGAAUGCACAAGACUUAAAAAGUGGCACAACUAAUAUAAAUGAAACCUAGACUGGGUGUGAACUACAGAGCAGAGGAAGGGUAGGAUCAAGAAGCUGAUACGAAGAGUGUGAUGUGGAAAUCCAGAUGCAUGCACAGAGCUUUGGUAUUUAAUAAUAUGCAGGAGAAAUUUCAAGCUCCUGCACCAGUUGGCCACACUCAGCAAUGAGAGGUUUCUGUCAAGAUGGUCACACCUGAAGGAGAAAGUGAAACAGGAAGGAAAGAGUGACUAGUGUUAAGAUUGCAGUUGAUGGUCCUACUGGAGAAGUUGGAUUCCAGAAUGAAAUGUGAUCUGACAGAUGCUCACAAGUUAAUUAAUAUGAUGGUUAGUCACUGAGUCAUAUUUACACAAGGUUACAGAACAAAAAAUUAUUGCACAAUAGAAACUUUAAAAAACAAGCCACCUAAUGAUAUUUGACAGAAUUAUUUCAAAGUACAAAGCAAAACAAAGUUUCAGCUUGUUUCAGCCUGUAAUUACACCCUCUAUCUCAACAUCUCUAGCAUUCCACUUAACUGACUCCCUCCAUAUUCUUUUCUGAGGAUUAUGGCAAGUUUGAGGAGUCAUUUCCAAAUCUACUGCUGUGAAGUUUUCACAAAUCUGAGAGCCUAAACUUUUGCCAAUCUAAUAACCCACAGAUUUCUAACCAGAUUUCUUCUGGUUUGUAAACUCCACAAGCUAAACCUUUCUGCUGAGGUGACUUGUUUUCUGAACUGCUCUGAAUCAUCCUCCUAGGCAAGAAACUAAACUUGCUUCCAAACACAACAUCAAUGUCUCCUGAACUUAGAACAUAGAACAUUACAGCACAGUACAGGCCCUUCGGCCCUCCAUGUUGCACCGACCUGUGAAACCAAUCUGAAGCCCAUCUAACCUAAACUAUU